AAAGGGCGGGCGGAAGUUCCCGGAGCUUCCGGUGGCGAGCUUGGGUCGCGGCUAUGGCCAAACAUCAUCCGGACUUGAUCUUCUGCCGCAAGCAGGCCGGUGUAGCCAUCGGAAGACUGUGUGAGAAAUGUGACGGCAAGUGUGUGAUCUGUGACUCCUACGUGCGUCCCUGCACCCUGGUGCGCAUCUGUGACGAAUGCAACUACGGCUCCUACCAGGGGCGCUGUGUGAUCUGCGGGGGCCCCGGGGUCUCCGACGCCUACUACUGCAAGGAGUGCACCAUCCAGGAGAAGGACAGAGAUGGGUGCCCCAAGAUUGUCAACUUGGGGAGCUCUAAGACAGAUCUCUUCUAUGAACGCAAAAAAUACGGCUUUAAGAAGAGGUGAUUGGUGGGUGUCUCCUUCCUUCCCCCACCAAGCUGCCGCAACUACCAGAAGAAACACCUAGGACCCCAGCAGGAGGGAGCCCAGCCCGAGCACCACCAGAACUGCCUGCGAGCAUCCACCACCUUGCCGCUCUCCCUCUCCCUCUCCCGGGGUCGGGUAGACGGAAAGGGUUCUUCACAGCUCCUGGCUGACUUAUGGGGGGGGGGGGUGAUCGUGAAUUCAGGAAAGGCCCUGUUCCCCACGUUGAUGUGUUAUGUCUACACCGAGAGCUACACAGGCCUGGACCAUUUCAGCCUUGAGGCGUUGACACAAGCGCCCCGUGGUGAAAAGCCUGUGCCCGCAGCAGCUCUAAAGGCGGAUGUCCACGUGGCCCUCGGCCGGCGGCGGCGCUCACGGCCGUGCUGGGUGUUCCAUUUUGCAGUGCCUGCAGGUGGUGCGGGCUUCAUGUUUUCUAGGAUGUUGGAAACCCUUCCUGUUGCUGUUACAUCAAUAAAGUUGGUGUUUAUUUUCUGGUA